AUGGAUGCAAAAUUAAAAAGAAUUGGUGAAAAGAUUAAGACAAAAGAGUAUGAAGUAAGGGAGAAUCUUAAUGGGAAAUCCGAUGUAUGGAAGAAAUUUUCAUUUAUAUAUGAUGAAAAUAAAGAAAAGCUUAAUUAUGUCAUUUGCACAAAUCAACUUAAAAGACAUAAAUGUGUAUAUACAAAUACAAGUACAACAGCAGAGAGUAAAAAGACACAAUUAACAAUUGAUAGUCUUUUUGGUACUGAUCCGAAAAAACUCAAAAGUUGUACAAAAUUGAAAAAAGAGUGCACAAAGGUGCUUACUAUGUUUUGUGGACGUGAUUUGAGAUCAUUUGAUACAAUUCAUGGGGAAGGCUUUGUUGAUUGUUGCCAAUAUUUUGCCAAAAUUGGUUCAAUAUAUGGAAAUAUUGAUGUUAAAAGCAUCAUUCCAAAUCCUACGACAAUUUCUAGAAAUUUAGUAGAUACUGCUGAUGGUAUCCGCAAUAAAUUAUUUCCUAUAUUAAACUCAUAUAUGAAAAAGGGUCGAUGUGCUGCUCUUAAAUUCCUGGCUAUCCCUGCUUCUUCGGCUAGCAGUGAAAGGGCGUUUUCAGCUGCUGGUAGGGCCUUUGAGGAGAGAAGGACUCGUUUAAAGCCAGAUCAACUGGACGCCUCUUUAUUUAUAUAUCAUAAUUAUUCACUUUGUGAUAAUUUUGAUAAUGAUAUUGAUGAGAUGGAAGAAACAGAAUACAAUAUGGAUAUGGAUUCUGAGUCAGAUGAAGAAAUUAUACUUUCUCCUACAAUAAUUGCAAAAAAAAAUGACCUUCCUUGGCCAAGUUUUGAAAAAUAUUUUGAAUACCACAAGGCUGCCACAUCAAGUAAGUUAAAACAAACUAAACUUGACUUUGGUGGAAAAUCAAAUUUUAAAGGUAUCAGCAAAGAUAAAUUUGAUUCACAAAUUAUUAAAUAUAUAAUAAAUGGAAAUCACCCAUAUACAACCUGUGAUGAUGAAGAUUUUGUUGAGCUGAUAAACACCCUGCAACCUAAUAUGAAGAUUAUAUGCAGACAAACCUUAACCUCAAGAAUAUCAAAAUAUUUUGUUCAAAUGAAAGAUAUUCUAAUAGAAAAAUUGUUAGAGCCUAAUUAUGUUUGUACAACAGCUGACUGCUGGACAGCAUUUAAUCGCUCCUAUAUUGGUAUAACAGUGCAUUGGAUUGAUGUGGAGAAAUUGGAAAGGCGUUCAGCUAUUCUAGCCUGCCAAAGACUACAAGGUAGGCAUACAUAUGAUGUGAUCAGCAAAGCCUUAACUGCUGUUUUUAAGGAGUUCCAUAUCCAAAAUAAAAAUAUCUGCACAAUAACGGAUAAUGCUAGCAACUUUUCAAAGGCGUUUAGAGUAUUUAGCUGCCCAUCUAUUAUAAUGGAGGAAGAUUCUGUUUCUGAUAUUGAAUAUAUCUCAAUAGAAGAUAUAAUGUCUUCUUCUGGGCUCUCCAGUUAUGAUAUUAAUGACUUCGACUACCUUCCCAAGCAUCGAAGAUGUUCUUGCCAUACAUUAAACUUAGUGGCAACACAAGAUGCCAACAAGUUACUUUUAAACAAUGAGGGGUAUAGGAAAGUUUAUAACUUAGCUAUAUCUAAAUGCCAACGUUUGUGGAACCUCCAAAAUAAAUCUGGGCCAUCUGCCGAACUUAUUUUAAAAAAAUUACAUUCUCAACUCCCAUAUCCCGUUAUAACAAGGUGGGGUUCCUUUUAUAAAUCCCUGGCCAAAAUAUUAUCGUUCUUAAAUCAAGUGCCUGUGGAAUUUGAUUCAUUAUGUGAUGAAUUAAAAUUGUGUAGAUUCACAUCAGAUGAUCGUGAUUUUAUAAAAGAAUAUUGUAGUAUUAUGCGACCAGUGUCCAAAGCCAUUGAUAUUCUUGAAGGUGAAAAGUACAUGUAUCUGGGUUAUUAUACCCCAACAAUAACACAAAUAAUUAUAUGUAUGGCAGAUGUGCAGGUAUUAAAAUAUUGUCAACCUCUAAAGGAUACUAUAUUAGCUAGUAUUGAAAAAAGGUAA